GAGACUUGUUCAACGACUGAGACUAGAGACUAUACUCUGGGAGAUAGUGAAAACUGGAACAGUGGAGGACGAGUUACUCUGACUGGACUGAGUCCCUUCACAAACUACUCCAUAUCAGUAGCAGCUGUGAAUGAGAAUGGAGACGUUGGACUAUAUUCUGACCCCUCAACUGUACUAACUCUGCAAGCAAGUAUCACAUGUACAAUCAUAGCUACAUCAGACUCGUGCAUUCAGAGUGAUUCAUCAGCAUUGGUAGCAUAUCUUGGUGGUGUGUUGGGAGUGGUGAUUGUGACUGCUAUAGUAGUGCAGGCUAUGGUGAUAGUCUUUUUCAUCAGGAAACUCCAAAGAGCUAAAGCCUCCACCAACACUACUGGCGUAGAAAUGCCCACAUUGUCAGGAAAUAAAUAUCUGGGCUCGGAGCAGCUCCAGACCUCCAGUAAUGAGGCCUACAAUGUAGUGAGAGGGACUGGAAGUACAGCUGAAGGUGAAUAUGAGGUAAUACGAGACCUUCCUCCCUCCACCUCCUCCCAGCCUACCACUGCUGCUGCGGGAGACUCUCUCUAUGAGUCUGUGUGAUGUGUCCCUACAUUACUGUUCAGUAUCUGACUACUGCAGACAUGCAUGAAAUAUUAUGGUGCAUACUUAGUUAGUAAUAUGUGAUGAUGUGUAGUACUGAAUUAGCAGAGGAGUGAUCUAUGCACUGGUUGACUAGUUAAAAAGUACAAACUCCGCAACGAACUGAAAUUGUAUAAGGGGAACGGUAGCUCAGGGUUAGCCAUUGUUGGCAUGUAAUUAUGUUGAUUUGCUAGUAAACACAAGUCGA